AUGCCUCAGAUGAACAGCACACACAUGCAGGUCCUUCUGGCCUCCUGGCUGCAGCACUGUCUGAACGGGACCUGGGGGGCCACAUUGCCCAUGCCAACUGCCACCCACCCACCCCCAUACUUUCAGAACCAGAACCAGAACCAGAACCAGGCUGAGGGUCAGGGUCAGGGCAUGGUGUACAUCCUGCUGAUAGUGGGGCUGUUCAGCUUCUUCUCGUUCGGGAUCAUGCUCAGCUACAUCCGCUCCUGA